AUGGUGCUCCUUCUCUUAUUCAUCUUCACUUUAUCGCUCGCCAAAGCACGGCCACAACAGCAGCAUUCGUCCCCGCCGUUGGCGCCCGACGUAUUCCUACAAUGGCAGAUUCGUGGACAGGUGGCAAUGGACAAUGGGUUGAUUCGAGUCACUUUUUCUCGCGAAGGCAAUGUUAUUGGCAUAAAAUACAAUAACAUGGAUAACAUACUUGAUUAUCACAAUGCAUACAAUAACAGAGCAUAUUUGGAUUUGGCUUGGAACACCCCAAAUCAGACAAGUAUUAUUGAAAGAGUAAAGGCAACCAAUGUGAAGGUGAUUACAGCCACGGGUGACCAAAUAGAGCUUUCAUUCACCCGAUAUUGGAAUUCUUCAGACCCUUUCUCAGUCCCUUUGAACAUAGACCAGAGGUAUAUUCUGAGACGGGGCGAUUCUGGAUACUAUACGUAUAGCAUGUUUGAACGGCUGGAAACUUGGCCUGAACUUGAAGUGGACGAGAUCAGAAUCGCGUACAAGGCCCUAAGAGACAAAUUUCAUUACAUGGCGGUAUCAGACGAUCGACAGAGGACCAUGCCCACGCAACUGGACCGGAUGACUGGGCAGCGUCUCGCUUACGCGGAGGCGGUUCUCAUAACCCAACCCACCAACCCGGACGUCAAAGGAGAGGUGGACGAUAAGUACCAGUACUCGCAAGAGAAUAUGGAUAACAGGGUGCAUGGAUGGGUGUCUAGGGACCCAAACGUGGGGUUCUGGAUGAUCACGGCCAGUGAUGAGUUUCGUUCGGGGGGGCCGGUCAAGCAAGAACUCACAUCCCACGUUGGCCCCACAACUCUUACGGUGUUCAAGAGUAAUCAUUAUGCGGGUAAGGAUGCUUCGAUGAGAUUUAAGGAGGGAGAAGCAUGGAAAAAGGUUUUCGGUCCGGUUUUCAUUUAUCUAAACUCGGACCCGACCGGCACUGAAACCCCGGGUUCACUAUGGGAAGAUGCUAAAAACCAGAUGAGGAUAGAGAGGGGGAAGUGGCCGUAUGGGUUCGUUGAGUCAAAAGAAUUUCCAAGAUCAGAGGAAAGAGGCAGCGUUAGUGGCCGAUUAAUGGUCCGAGAUAGAUUCGCCAAGAAGGGGCAAAUGUGGGCCGAUUCUGCGUUUGUGGGCCUCGCAGCUCCCGGGGAAGUGGGGUCUUGGCAAACUGAGAGCAAGGGGUAUCAAUUUUGGACACGAGCGGAUGAAGAUGGAAAUUUCUUCAUUCAAAAUAUAAGGCCGGGAAACUACAAUCUCUACGCAUGGGUACCCGGCGUCAUUGGCGAUUACAAGUACGACGGCGACAUCAUUGUCACGGCGGCGAGUUCCACUAACCUGAGCGUGCUGAUUUACGACCCACCACGACGAGGCCCAACUCUGUGGGAGAUCGGCAUCCCUGACCGGAAGGCAGCCGAGUUCUACAUACCGGAUCCUGAACCCACCUUAACGAGCCACUUUUACAACAACACCAAAAUUCAAACCCCAGAUAAGUUCCGGCAGUACGGUAUCUGGGCACGCUACGCUGAUUUGUACCCUGAUCAGGAUCUGGUGUACAACGUUGACACGGAUGACUACCGUCGCCAUUGGUUUUACGCUCACGUAACAAGAGCCACUGGAUCCGGGGACUACCAAGCAACUACGUGGCAGAUUGUGUUUCGUCUUCGAGGACCCAUAAAGACCGGAACCUAUACGCUCCGGUUGGCGUUGGCCUCCAGUAGUCAUGGGGUGGUCGAUGUCCGGUUCAACAACCCGUUGGCCAGACGACCUGCUUUCACGACCGGGUAUUGGAACGCAGGAAGAGAUAACGCAAUUGCAAGACAUGGCAUUCAUGGGCUGUAUAGGUUAUUCAACUUCGAUGUUCCCAUUUAUUAUUUGGUCGAAGGAGACAACGUAAUCUAUCUUACACAGAGAAGACAUGCGGGUCCUUUCCUAGGAGUAAUGUACGACUACAUACGAUUUGAAGGUGUAGAGUAG